AUGACUCCGGCUGUGUGCAUAACCCUGUUUAGCCCGGAUUGCAACCAGCAGUGGUAUAAAGAGGUGUGGGUCUGCUGUGUGCAGUACAAUACAGGCUGUAAAGAAUGUGCCACAUGCACCAGCAUCCCUGUUCAAAGCUGCCAUGUGAUCAGCUUCGUGGCUGAAAAAUGCAGGAAGUAAAAAGACAGCUCACCAAUAGAAGUGGAGAUUGCCCUGAACGAGACUUACAUUUAAACAGAAGUUGUUACUUGCUUACUGUAUGUUUCGGAUGGAUAAAGUACCUGCGGUGCUAAAAUGAAAAUGUAAUGCAUGCCAAUAUGUACAAAAACCCUCCCAUGGUAGGAUAAAGGGCCAUAGCUCAGUAGCAGAACCCAUGCUUUGCAUGCAGACAGUCCCAGGUUCAUUCCUUGGGGUCUCCAGGUAAGGCUAGGAAAAAUCUGCCUGAAACCCUGGCAAUCCACUGCCAGUUACUGCAGACAAGGCUGAACUAAAUGGAACAAUGGCAGCUUCCUACACCCUAGGUUAGCCCAUGUUCUAAUAAAAUGCCAAGGUCUCGGGUUUGAUUCCCUUACGUGCCACUUGCAUAUUCCUGAAUUGCAGGGGGUUGCACCAGAUGAUCCUCAGGUGCCCUUCCAACUCUACAAUUCUAUGAUACCUAUUUCCCAUUUCUUCCUCGAUAGCCCUGGGUAUGCAAGGAAUGCAGAAUCACCCUCUGCAUAUUUUGGAUUAAUGCCAUUGCAGACACACCUCUUGUACUCUGACACAACCAUAGGAGAAAUUAAUGAGCAGCAGCUGGCUGGCGGCCUGCUGUUCAUCCUGGUUUAGAUCCUGAAAUAAGAAUGGCCACCUGAGGAAAUUCCAUAGUGAAGGAGAAAGGGAUCCCAACUGUGCAAGGUCAUGUCAAAAUAUAGAUGUCCCGGUCAGCCGUGGCUGCUUGCUGAGAAUUCCAAGCAGUUCUGCCUGUAUGGGAACAGCCAGAGGCAGGUGACCCUGUUGCUGCAUCUCACUAAGGACUUUGCGGAAGCACACACACUAAAGCCAGCAACAUUUUCAAUUGCAGCCUUGAACAAAUGGCAUGUUUACAUAUAAUUGUUCUAGCAGGGUCAUGUUUGCUUGUUGGUAUACAUAAAGGUUUGGUUCCCCAAAGGGAGUUCACCACAUGACAGUUUCCAUUGAGUCAUAAUGGAAAUGUCAUUCCCCUUUCUGGCAUUGUUACAUUACACCGGGGAACGAGGGGGGAUGGCUAUACUUGCUAGGCGAAUAAAAUUACCUUCUCUUUCUCAUCAUCUUCCACAAAACAGGAAGUAAGAAAUAAAAGUAGACACAGUGGCCUCUGAGAUAUGUACAAGGAAUAAAUACUUUUUGCCUAUUUCCUGGACACAUGCCACUCGCAGGCUUACUCAUGAGACAAUUACAAGAACUUCUCAUUUCCCUGUCAUGUAAUGAAGAGUUGGAGCCCUUUCUUUCCCCCACUUUGAAUCCCCUCCAUUUCUGUCUAUGGGAUAAACUGCUAUAUUUGGGUAUUGCAGAUAUUUUCUAAUGGUACAUCACAGGAUGCCUGCUCAAAACUACUUCAGGUGUGAUAGCCCUUAAUAUUCAUAUUGAAAAGAUGAGUUGGCAACCAACAUUAGGUAUAUUCAUCUCUCCAUCUUUGAAGCCCUAGCACAAGGGUGGCUAAGCCAUGGCCCACGUUUGCCCCCAAAGUUUUUAUGGUUCCCAAGACACCCUCAAAUUUGUUGUUUUCUAAUGAAGCUAAGAAAAAAAUGACUGUUUACAUGCCCCACCCCCCGUGAUGCCAAAAGGUAUAUUUGUGGCUCUCCAAGCCCUUUGUCCAUUUUUCUUUCUUUCCUGAGUGCCCCCACAGUAACCCCACUGUGAUACUAAAAGUAUUUUGGGAGGUCCCUGAAGGGCUCCCGAAAGUUAUCCUUUAAAAUAACUGUCUACUCCCACAGAUCCCUUGUUGCGAGUCUGUUAUUCCAAAAGCUUUUUCUUCCCACCCCCAAAAAUGUGCGCUUUCAAAAACCCAUGUUGAUGUGCAACUCCCAGAGGGUCCACCAUGAGUCAAUGUGACCCUUGGCCCCCCAAAGGCUAGUCACCUCUAUCCUAGCUAAAGACGAUUACUUGUGCGUAAUUCAUGUUGUAAUUUUGCUUGUUUACCUUAUGAUGCAAUUGUUUAGUUGUUUUUCUGGUUGGCCAUUAUCCUGGCUACCUUCCUCUGGACUGUUAGUAGCUGUAUUGUAUUUGCAUUGUAAAUGUAUUUCACAAAGAAUAAAUGCUACUGGGGAAAGGAGGUGGCAGUUGGCUGGUUAUUCCAUUAGUUCAUUCUUUGAGAAUGUGGGAGCGUGGUGACUUCAAGCAGAUGCUUUCUGCAGGAGUUUGUGAGGACAGCCACGUUGUGGAUAAAUAACUUACGCACUGCUAUGAAGGAGUUUUGAAAACAAAAGGACUAAACCCUCUCUUGGACUCAGGGAAGAGAAACGCAUUGUAUUCAUAUAUGAGAAUAUAUGAGAAUAUUUGUUGUUCAACUGCUGCCAACCUGACAAGUAAAGAUUUAUUUUCAAGUUUGUGUAAGGAAUAUGUCAAUUGGUAAAGUAUGAGACUAUUAAUCUCAGGAUCGUGGGUUUGAGCCCCACGUUGCGCAAAAUUCCUGCAUUGCAAAGGGCUAAACUAGAUGACCCUCAUGGUACCUUCCAACUCUAUGAUUCUAUGAUUUUAUGACGAAUAUCUAACAUGGACUUGCUCCAGUUUGUCAAAAUCCUUAAUAUGUGACAUCUAGAACGGGGAAACAGUACUCCCAACUCUUUCUAUUUUCUCAAUGCAAGCUGCCUGGGUAGUUUGGGGUCAGUCACUCUCUCUCAGCCUAACCUACCACACAGGAUUGUUGUGAAUAUAACAUUUGCUUGCUUGUUUGCUUGUUUCACUGCAUUUAUCUACCACCCUUUUCUCCAAGGAGCCUAUGGUGGAAUAUAUGGUUCUAGAGAGCCAGUGUGGUGUAGUGGUUAAGAGCGGUAGUCACAUAAUCUGGGGAACUGGGUUCGCGUCUCUGCUCCUCCACAUGCAGCUGCUGGGUGACCUUGGGCCAGUCACACUUCUUUGAAGUCUCUCAGCCCCACUCACCUCACAGAGUGUUUGUUGUGGGGGAGGAAGGGAAAGGAGAAUGUUAGCCGCUUUGAGACUCCUGAAGGGGAGUGAAAGGCGGGAUAUCAAAUCCAAACUCCUCUUCUUCUUCUUCUUCUUCUUCUUCUUCUUCUUCUUCUUCUUCUUCUUCUUCCUCAUUUAAUCCCCAUAACAACCCAGGGGGAGGAGACCAUGCCCACCAUCCCAAGUUGUUCCUUGCAGGAAAGAUGAGCUAAAAAUAAAAACCAAUCAAUCACAUAAAAUGCACAUUACUGCUGUCUGAUUAUAAAUGCUUUUAGCGAUUGUGAGCUUGGAACUUGGAGAUGCUAUUUAUUUGGAUUAACCAGAAGCAAAAACAGGGGAAGGCAGAGUACGAUUCUGUCUACAUCAGGCUUGGUGGCUGCCUUCUCAAAUUCAGAGAGUAACUGUAGAAAAAGUAAUGUGUGUAUCAAAGGAGCUUGGUUUGCUGUGAGCGUGAUCUUACUUGAAUAUGAGAGAACUCCUGCCUAACCCAGCUAAGUACCCAACAUUGCCAUUUACUUAAAAGGCAUGUAUAAUGCAAAUGGGACCACUUGUGUCUUCUGUGUGUGUUAGGCAGGUGCUUAAGUGCUUUGCUGGAAGAAACUACUGGCUGCGCUGCAUCGUGUAGAAUCAAACCCCUCAUGCGUACAAACGGCACAUCUCACUCCCACUAUAUUUGCAUGAAUGCAAUGAACCCAAGCUGGUAUGUUGUUAAGAGGGUAAAUGAUGCCAGGGGUGUUUGGGGUGGGUGGGGGUGGUUUCCUUUUAAUAGAGGAAAGAAAUCAACUGCAUAUAAUUAGAGCAGGGUAUAAAGUAGGUGUUGUGAGAACAAUGGAGGAAAGAAGUAGAAAUGAGUGGGGGAAGUACAGACUGAUGAGAGAGAGAAAGGUCAUAAAGAGGGGGUGAGAAGACAGUGUUGUGCCUGUCGCUACACAUUCACAGCAGGAUUUGCAAAGGAUUACUUCAUUUUGGCAUCCACAGGUAAAUAGAAUUUAUAAGAUCCUUCUGCUCCACUUCACUGCAGCAACCUCUUUAAUUGCAGAAGGGUAAUUUGAUUUGUGAAGAAGAUUUAAUCAGAUGCAUGUGCCAAGCCAUUUGCAAUUCUGCUGAAUAGGCGCAUGAAGAUCUACUUCACUGAUGAUGACAAUGGCAAUGUGUAGGAAAAAAAUUAUGCAAGAAGCAGUAUUAAUGUCAAAUCUGGGAAAUAUGGAUAGGACAAAGAAACAUUAAGAACGAGCCAUGUCUCUAAGUUAAGAUAUCAGGAAACUGCUAGGAAGAGCAGCAGACAAAGGAAACAAGGGGAUAUGAAGCAUGAACAAGAGGAAUUUGCAUGUGUGGGGGAAAUCCCACACACAGAGUGCUCCAAUAACAUGCAAAGUGGCUUGAGAAAGGGACAUCCAAAAUGCUCACAUGAUCCAAGUGACCUGCUUAUAAAUGGCAGAGAAGUCAUUAACCAGUCUCCUGGGAGAGAUGGGACAUUAAGGAGAGGACCAGGUUACUGGAAGAGAUAUGAUUCUUGAUACCCAAGGAUGGAUGCCAGCACAAAGUACUGUACACAAAGGAUGUAGCACAAAGCAUGGGUACAGGCUGGAAAAAUAUCAACAUUUAGCCUACCCUGCAGAUUCACAAAUACAUUUUUGUGUGUGCAUCAGAUGCUUUGGCCCCAGAAGAUAAUGUCAAAAAGAACUGAAAACCACUGUGUUGGAUUUUGGGCCACACUAGACUGGUGUUUUUUGUGGUUACUGUAUAUUCUGCAACAUAUCAACAGUGCAAUGACAGUGCAUUAGUGGUGGGUUUAUAAUGGACACAUCAUUUGGCUUUAUUAGUUCUGCAAUGAUUCGCCAAUGUUACCACAUUAGUGCCAUCUGGAAGGACACUCUUGCACUACAACACAACAAAAACUAGUCAAAAAAAUAAUCUGGAUCAUUUGUAGUAUAAAAACAUGCAAGAUGUAAACAGGAACUUAAAUGCACUGAUUGGAAAUGAAGUAGUAUGAUUGCUGCAAAACAUUUGCAGGCAUAAACAGCAUUGAUGGUGGGAUCACAUAUAACUGCCCCACUACCAUCGUAAUCACAAAUCAUUGGGAAUGCACAAUAAAAAGGGUGUCUGGAGGGACUCUUUGUGUCAUUGCUACCUCUCACUCUUGCCACCUCUCACUCUUGUUCAAGACCCAAGGCUACACAAAUGUCUGGAAUCCAUGAAGGUCCAUGAGAUGCUCUGGAUUCUAGAAAGGUCUCUAGGAUAUUAUAUUAUGUUAUAUUAUAUUAUAUUAUAUUAUAUUAUAUUAUAUUAUAUUAUAUUAUAAAUUCCUAGGGAGGGAUGCGGGUGGCGCUGUGGGUUAAACCACUGAGCCUAGGACUUGCCGACCAGAAGGUCGGUGGUUUGAAUCCCUGCGACAGGGUGAGCUCCCGUUGCUCAGUCCCUGCUCCUGCCAACCUAGCAGUUUGAAAGCACAUCAAAGUGCAAGUAGAUAAAUAGGUACUGCUCUAGCAGGAAGGUAAACGGUGUUUCCGUGCGCUGCUCUGGUUUGCCAGAAGGGGCUUAGUCAUGCUGGCCACAUGACCCGGAAGCUGUACGCCAGCUCCCUUGGCCAAAAAAGCGAGAUGAGCAUCGCAACCCCAGAGUCGGUCACGGGUCCCUUUACCUUUACUAUAAAUUCCUAGAGAAGAAAACAAUAUAGAGAAAUAGGAGCUACUCUCGGAUCCUAUCAUUACUAUAAAUCAACACAUAUGAAUGGCUGCAGAGCAAAACAGGCACUCAAGUGCUUGGCCUAGACAGAGCAUCCUUGAAAAGCAUCUGGCCUUAAAAAAGUCUACUUGCACCUCAUAAGUUAAGCUAGUUAACACUUUAAGAAUCAUGAGCAUAGGCAGCAUUUAUCGAUAGUUGGGUGGUCCUUGACAAAGGUGAAUGUGACAUUUAUCUUAAACAGAUGCUGGGUGGUCCUUGGCUACAGCAUACAGUGAAUAAGCGAAGCCUUAUCCUUAAGCAAGAAACACAUGUAGCAGGGAAUCUCUACCAGGGCGUAGCUGACCCUAAAGACAAUAAAGCUAAUGGUAAAGCUCUUACUGGGGGUCUAAUGACAUGUCUACAUGGCUGUGUUCCACACUAUCAUUAUGGCACUAAACCAGAAGCAAGGGGAACACAUGGAAAGCAUCUCCUCCAAAGCAGACAUAAUUUCCAUCCCCUGUGAAAUCAGAAAGUUGGUUGUGCAGAUUGGGUGGCCAGUACUGAUAUCUAACCAAUUCCUUUUUGCACUGUGACUGCCAGGAACAGAAGGGGAAUAAGAGACAAAAUAUUGACAUCACUGUCCAAAUACACUGCAUGGAACACACAGUCAAGCCCUUUCCAUGCCUCAUGCCAGUAUGCCACAAUGGAACCCUUCGUGUGAGCAUUAAAAACAAACAAACUAUGCUCACAAGGCAUUAUCACAGCUUCCUAAUUCUUUCUUUCUUUUUAUUUUUAGCAUUGAUAUGUUGUAAUAAAUAGAUUCCCUUUUUUCCUUCCUGUUAAAGCUUUGCCAAUGGUCUCUCAUAUCUCCCCCAUCCAAUAUUAUAUUUUGUUGUAUUAAAGGACACCAUCCGCUGGAAAGGCCUUGUGUGCAUGCUUCAUCGAAAUGAAUGGGAGUGGCUCUAACUGCCAAAUUUGCUUGCAUAAUCCCCAUUUAAUUGCGUAAUCCCAAUUCAGGACCACAAUACCACAAGGACCACCAGUCUCCAUAUGAACAGCCCUGGACCCAUCAUCUAAGGCCCAUUUUUGUGUGCCUCCUACACAAGAGAUCCAGGGGGUGGAAACACAAGAAUGGGCCUUUUCUUCAGUGGCUCCCUACUUGUGAAAUAAGCUCACCCGGGAGGCUCACCUGCCACCCUCAUUGCAUAUAUUUAGGCAUUUCUCUAUAACCAGACUUUUGGCUGAUUAACAUUAUACGGUCUUUAAAUGUGUCAAAGGGGGGGAGGGUUCUUAGUUUGUAUUUGCUUUAUUAUGUAUUUUGUGUUCUCAUUUUGUAUUUUUAUGAGGGGAACCGCCCUGUGAUUUUCAGAUGAAGGUUGGUUAAUAAUAAUAAUAAUAAUAAUAAUAGGAACUAUGCAGUGUUGAGCAUGCGCUUUUAUGUAGCUUCCACUCCUUUCCAUGAGGGUUGUAUGGGAGGACUUCUUGGUCGGUUGUAUUCAAAGUAAACUUCUGAAGAAUCUUUGAUAUUACAUUCUAAAUGUUCUAAUAUAAAUAAAUAUGUUCAUAUAUAAAUAUAUAGGGACGCGGGUGGCGCUGUGGGUAAAACCUCAGUGCCUAGGACUUGCCGAUCGUAUGGUCGGCAGUUUGAAUCCCCGCGGCGGGGUGAGCUCCCGUCGUUCGGUCCCAGCUCCUGCCCACCUAGCAGUUCGAAAGCACUCUUAAGUGCAAGUAGAUAAAUAGGUACCGCUUUAUAGCGGGAAGGUAAACGGCGUUUCCGUGUGCUGCGCUGGUGCUGGCUUGCCAGUUGCAGCUUCGUCACGCUGGCCACGUGACCUGGAAGUGUCUUCAGACGGCGCCGGCUCACGGCCUCUAGAGAGAGAUGAGCACGCAACCCUAGAGUCGGACACAACUGGCCUGUAUGGGCAGGGGUACCUUUACCUUUACCUUUAUAAAUAUAUAUAUAUAUAUAUAUAUAAAAAUUAUAGAAGCCGGAACCACACUGGGGCAAGAAGAUACACCGUAUUUUUCUGUGUAUAAGACUAUGCUUUUGCUUUUUGCUUAAAAAAAAAAAAAAGCCCCAAAUUGGGUGUCGUCUAGUGAAUGCAGAUAGUGAAUGCAGGGGGGGGGGGGACAUGCGAUUAAUGGCAGCAGCAAGCAGGAGAUUGGCAGCGGAAAUUGGGCGGGUGAUUGGUGGCUGCGGCAAGGCCUGCUGGCAAUUGGCUGUGGCAACUGGGCAGGUGAUUGGCGGCUGCGGCAAGUAGACGGGUGGGCUGUUUGUGGCGGCAAGCGGGCAGACAACUGGCGGCUCCGGCAAGGUGUGUGGUGGGCAGGCAGGUGAGCGAUUGGUGGAAGUGACCCACCCACCCCAAAAAGCUAAACAACUUAAUUUCUAAUUUCGGGUUAAAAAAAAUAGGGGGUGUCUUAUACAUGGGGGAGUCUUAUACACGUAAAAAUACGGUAAUAUGCUUUGCAUUUCCUCCUGCCCCCAACUGAAUUUGCAUGGAAAUCCUGUAUGUACCACUUUCAAAAGAAUAUAGACGCACUACAGAGCAUUUAGUACAGCAUAGGGAAACAAGGCAAAUACUUACUGUCGUUUUGAGCACUAGAGGGCAGAGUAAUAAUGACUUCAUUUGCCAAGGGUAUCCACUGACACCUUUGAACAACCUUUGCUUCUUAGAAACCUCCUCUGUCAUGUGCCUUUUAUUGUUUCCUUCGCCAUCAACGGGUUUUGACUCGCCUCUGAUGUCACUGUCACAGUCCUCUCUGCCCCGCUGUCACAACUGCUGUGAGAGGGAGCAGCACCCGUUUCCUGGAGCAGAGGAGGACUUAAAUGAAGUGCCUGGAGGGAGAUCUUAAUCUCCUCAUUGUGGAUACAGACAACAUGUUCAACAGAUCUGUUCUUUGAUGACAUUUCCCCAGUUGCCAUGGUGGGAGCCCUGUGAAUACUGGAGAGGCUGUCAAUCAUUUCAUUAGCCACAGCGGUUUUUCAAAACAUAUUUCUGUUCAUUUACAUUUGUAACCUGGCCUGCACUACGUAGUUCCAGGACUGGCAAGAACAUCGAUCCGUCUAAUUCCAUAAGCAGAUAAAACAACACUGAAUUUUGUGUGUGUUUUGAGCUGAAAGGACCCAGCCAUUGGCAGCAUGGCAGGCCCACAAGAGUUUUGUUGAACAUCCGUGCUAGUUUCAUAGAAAAAGCCAAGCCAUUGUCUUCCUUCUGGCUGAGCUUUCUUUCCAUCUUCCGGCAGCUAAUCCUCCCCAGAUAAACACCGGAAGAUUGGGGGGGUGGGGGGAGCAGUGAGACAAUGGCACAACUCCUUCUCUCCAGCAAAGAGCUAUUCCUGCUCUGUUGAGUUGAGAAGGGAAGGGUCCAGCUCCCUCCCCCCCCCCUUCAGGCUGCCCCAGCCUUCCCUGCUGUUGAGAUAGUUGUGGGAGGGAAACUUUGGGGAUUUUAAAGGCUUUUUCCCCUGCAGGAGAAGCUGCAAUAUGUCACCAGAUUUUCAUUCUACAUUCUGAAGCCUAUGGGCAAUUUAGUGAAUAAGCUAAAGAGUGCUGGAGGGCUGCUCCAGAGUAAUGACCCCUCCAGACAACCUGUUUAUUCAACAGUCACCCUGAUCUACUUGCACAAAGCUUAUGUGGAGGUUGGGUUAUAUCUCCCCUCGGCCAUCUCCUACUCGGUGAUUUUGCGAAGUCUAGCCUACCUUACAGGUUGAAACGAAAGUAAAAUGCAUACUUUACGCAGAGCACCUUUUGAGCAAGGGUGAGAUGAAAAUGGCAAUGAAUAAAUAGAAUAUUUAGGCACAAUACUGCGCCAACUACGUAAGAGUAUGCUGAAAAUGCACCUCUUUGCCUUGUCCAUUGGCACCUAUUUUGAAAGACCCAGCUGCUUGACUUCUGAUUGAAAAUUGUUCAAACCAAUUUUUAUAUUGUGUUCCUACAUUGUUGUAACUUGCCCUGGGCCAUUAUGGUGAAGGGCGGGUAGGUAGUAACUGAUGAUAGCACAUAAAUAAAUGAAUAACAUCUUAUUGGGGUGGGGUAGAAAAAGCUAUGGUUUUCCCAGUAGUGAUGUAUGGAAGUGAGAGCUGGACCAUAAAGAAGGCUGAUUGCCGAAGAACUGAUGCUUUUGAAUUAUUGUGCUGGAGGAGACUCUUGAGAGUCCCAUGGACUGCAAGAAGAUCAAAUGUAUCCAUUCUUAAGGAAACCAGCCCUGAGUACUCACUGGAAGGACAGAUCGUGAAGCUGAGGCUCCAAUACUUUGGCCACCUCAUGAGAAGAGAAGACUCCCUGGAAAAGACCCUGAUGUUGGGAAAGAUGGAGGCCACAAGGAGAAGGGGAUGACAGAGGAUGAGAUGGUUGGAUGGUGUUCUUGAAGCUACCAGCAUGAGUUUGAUCAAACUGCGGGAGGCAGUGGAGGACAGAAGUGCCUGGCGUGCUCUGGUCCAUGGGGUCACGAAGAGUCGGACACGACUAAACGACUAAACAACAACAACAGAAAAAGUGUAGUAUAAAAAGUAGCAAAACCAAUUAUUAUUUGUGAUAGCGACACAGGAAAUAUAGCAACAUAGGAAGCAACCAUAUACUAAGUCAAAUUGUUGGUUUAUCUAGCUCAGUAUUGUCUAAACUGACUGGCAGUGUCUGUCCAAAGUUUGAGGCAGGAAGUCUCUCUGAGCCACAACUUGAGAUGCUGGGAAUUGAAUCUGAGAGUUUUGGCAUGCAAAGCAGAUACUCGACCACUUCCCCAUACAUGUAUUCAUUGCUUAGCUUGGGUGUAAUUUCCCACCAGGGCUCCACACAUACAUCUUCUCUAGUAAUUCUUUCAAGGCAUAUCAGUAUGGCACUGACUGCAUGGCUUCUGAGCCCUUCAUAUGCUACGGCAGCAAUACCCUGGCUAAGUGUCUCCUACGCAAGACCCUGUGGCAGCUAUAUAGGGUGUGCAGUGCAUGAGAGUCAACAAGCUCCAGGGGCCAACCAAAAAUGAUAAUUUUGUUGCAUGCCGCAGUUAUGCAAUAAUUUCAGUGUUUUGUUUCUAAUUUCUGAUAAUAUUCUAAUAUAACUUUGUGAUAUCAAUUAGCAUUACACAUUAAAAUGCGCCCAUAAUUUCUGUAUGUUCUAAAGAUGGGUUAACAAGCCAAAUACAUAAGCAGGACUAAUUAACUAACUGUGCGUUAUCUGUGGUCUCCCAAAAUGGAGCCUGGGAACUUGAAAAUGGCAGUAGCUUUGUCAAGGGAGCAAGGGCUGUUAUGCCACCAAGGAAGAUCUCGAAUUAAACCCCCUAGACUCCAGGGAUAGCAUACUAUUCACUUGUCCACAAAGGAAGCAGAUUAUCUUUGUAAUAUCAAAUUCAUAUGGAUAAAUAUAAAUUCUCUCAAGUAUUUAUAGCCCAGCCUUUCAUAAAAGUGCCUUUUUAAUGCUUCGUCUUAUUUUUUAUUACUGGUGAUGAUGUCAACAUAACCUACUUUAUAAGCCCCACAUAACUAAUAUAACAAAAGAGAGAGAGAGAAAGAAACUGUAAUUCUUUGCUGGAUGGCACGUUGCCGCAUUUCAGCAGCCAAAGUGGACAGAAUUGUGGAGGAAGUUUUAUUAUUGUGCAGCCUGGCUCUCUCACACUGCCUUCCCAAUUGACAAAAGCACCAUCCAUCAUGCUUUGCAUUCCAAUUUUUCUAUGCGUUCUUUUCCAGCUCAUCAUAACAUAAUUAUGUCCCUUCUGUUUCUCCCAGCCAGGAAGCGGGACUUUUCGUCUGCUAAGGCAACAUCUGCAUAAUAUAAAGAUGACAAACCCUCAACAAUGGUGAAAAUGUGGCUGAAACCUGCCCAUAUUGCAUAGUUUGUAAAUGUUGAGAGGUGCAUAGCUGAUUUCCAAAGGGAGUAACGUGGGCCUGCAACUUCAUUGGUUACCAUUUGCAAAUUUUAUGCUACUACAUGCUUACAGGUCUCAAAUCUUUGAAGUCCCUAGGAAUACUGUCCUGGUAAGAAGUGACUAGCACUGGAGAGAACUGAGUUAAGAAUGGUUGCAGACUUUAAGAAUAUUACUGUGGAAAUUUGAAGCUUUCUUCACACUUAGCAAGAGUAGUAGCAGCACAAUAUACAUUUUUGUGGCUAUGUAAUCACCAUAUUUGUAAAGCAGUUUACUUCCCCCAAAGAAUCUGAACAACUGUAGUUCCCAGCCCCCUUAACAAGCUACAGUUCCCAGUUUCUGAGUCUAGGCUGUUUUCCAGAAGUUUUUUAAAAUAAUUUUUAUUAAACAUUUUCUUUGUUUACAAAAAUAUGUGCAUUGUCUCUUUCUUCAGGUUGUGUUUUCUACAGAUCAGUUACAUUUGUUUUGAGACAGUGUUAUAUUGCAAAUUGCUUCUGAAGCAUUGCCAAAAUUGGAUGUGAAAACUCAGGGUCCAUCCAUUAGCUCCCAAAAUGCCUGAAGGUGAUCCUGUAUCUUUUCAAAGAGAACUUUUAAUGGAACAUAUGUUGUAUCCGAAAUGAGUCAAGUGUUGGAUCUGAAAAUUUAGGGUCUAACCAACUACCAAGUCUCAGCAUGCCUGAGCAUGAUCCCAGACUUUCCAAGAGCAUCUCCAAAUACAUCUCACAUCCAAAGGAAGCAUGAUUAAGCAAAUAUAUUGAGUAAAGUAAGAAUGUAAGCACUGGUUCAUUAACAGUUAACAUUAACAGAGGAAGCCUGGCACAAGCCAUUGAGUGUGCCAAAAAUACUUCUUUAAACACCAGUACUCUAAAUUUCCCGGUCUUGGUUGUUUCUAGUUUCUAGCAAAUAAAUAAAUAAAUAAAUCCAAUUUCUUGCAAGAAAAAAGGUACUUACCUUUAAUUUUUAUUUAUUUACUUUAAAAAUACAGGUAUUUUAAAAAAUGAAAGAAGACAUAUAAAUUUGGCAUGGGGAAAGACAAAUCUGCAAAUAUUUUCUCUUUUCCUUUUCGUUCCCUCAUUUCUGUUUGUGUAAAAGGAAAACACAAGACACACAGUGAGCUAAAACAACUGAAGAGUUAUUGAGAGUCCGUUAAGAUAACAAGCCUAGUUAGAAUGGUAAAUCUUGAUAAAAAAACAGAUUUCAGUUCUGAGAAAUGUUUACGGUGAAUCAAUGUUAAAAGGAAGAAAAGUAUAUGUUUCAAUAUUAUGAGAAUUGCUUAUCCUUUUAAAGAAAAAGUGUAGGUACCUCAUUCUAUAUUAUUUUUUAAAUUGCUAGUUAAAAAUAGGUCAAAAUUUAGAUAUGGAAAGUCCUUUUCAGUGGUACAACAAAAGUGAUCUGGAUGGUGUAAAUUAAAACCUCUUCAUGCAUUUGGUUCCUUAAUCUCAUUGGAUGUCUUCUUGAUCUGAACCUCUGAGAACCAAGGGAGAAAAAUUAAAUUUCAUGUCUGCAUAGCUAAUUCCACAAGUCUAAAGAACUUUUCAGUUUUCCUUCUUACUCAGAGCUGAUCUUUAAAGCUUAAUCUUCAGUUAAGAAUAGCUCUUUAAUCUUCAGUCAUAAAUUGAUCCCCAUGCCAACAUUUUCUUAUUCUCAAGACACCACUUUGUACUGUGGUCAGUACAAAGUUACAUAAGCAAAGCAGCUGAGAGGGAAGCUGCCAUUGUCUGUGGAACCUUUACUAAGGCUCCUCACUGAAGUUAGUAACAACAGGUUUAUUAAACAAAGCUUUAUGCAACUCCCUGGCAGAGUUCUUAAUGUUAUAGCACAGUUUCUCCUACACACCAUACAUUCAAAAAUAUUUAAAGCACACACCCCCCCCCGCAAGAAUGCUGGGAAUUGCAGUUUAUGCCUCACAGCUACAAUUCCUAUCCCCCUUAACAAACUGCAAUUCCCAGCAUUCUUGGAGGUGGCACACUUUGUGUAUGGACUGGUUUCUAUAUCAUGCUAAAUCAAACCAUAUCUUUGUGUGAAUGUGUUCAGGUUCCUUUGCUCCUCCCCAGUUAUUUUUGUUGCUGUGCCUUAAGGACAGCUCAUGGUUAGCCUGCAGAGAGCUAAACCAUGGGUCUGGAUUUGGACAAUAUGCUAAACCAGACAAUGGCUUAGCUCCUCUCUGGGAACCUGCAUGUUCACGCUGAGCCAUGCUUUGACAUGCAAACUAGGCCAAUGUGAAGAGAGUGGGGCAUGAGCAUAAAUAGAUGAUUGUCCUCUGUAAAGUUGAGCACAUGGCCACCACAGUCCUUCCCCACCAGUACAGUAAAAGCAAGGCUGACUUGCCCCAGUUAAUAAUGUCCAGCUCCAAGUCCCAGUUCUCUUAAAAUUGGUUCACCAUUUUAUUUUUAUAGCUACAUGUCAAUUUAUACACGGGAAGCACAAAUGCCAGGUGGUGAGUUGUCUCACCAAGUCCCAAUGUGCCCCCGCGAUGUGACAUUAAUACAGCUCUCUCAAAGUGCCAAGUCAAAUAAUAUUGAGCCAAGCCUAUUUAUAUCUUCUGGCUUUCAUUCCAUCCACAUGUGACUCUGGUAUAUGCACCAGGCAAAAGGAGGAUUGCUUUUCCUCCUCUCCGUCUGUACCUCUCUACUCCUCCCAUCCUGGUCCCCCAAAGCAGAAAAGACCCAGAAGUAACAGAAAUUACAGAAAUGCCGAGAGAAAAAGGUAAAUAUGCCUCUUUUGGAAAUGGAUACAAAUGCGGUAGCAAGGCUGAGCUUUAGGUGGCAGGGAAGUGAUGGGGUUAUAUUUGUGAUGGGAAUACGGGCCUAAACUAGGCCUUGAGAAACAAAAAGAAAAAUUUAACUGCGUUCUACAGAGAUGAGGGUGCCAGCAUAUGGGAACACUUUGAAUCUAGCAUGGCAGACAAUGGCAGCCAUUCAAGAAGGUUUCUUUGCAGUACUUCAAUAUGAAGCCAUAUUGUACAUCAAAUGCAUGAUAAAUUAUACAGAACUGCCAUUGAGAUUGCAUGAGACUGCCUGAAACUGAAGUCAAGAUUAGAAUAUCUGUGCCUGAAUGAGACUGAAGGAGCAUUAAACUAUUAGGUUCCAGGGCUACAGACAUCAAACAAGGCAAACUAGAAACUGAAAUCAACACCAAUUUCUAGAGAAAUACUUUUACAGAAAAUAUUUGCAGAUGAUUUAUCAGCUACAGCCAUGGAGUUACAGACUCAGAUUGAGUAUAUUAUUGUGCCCUGUGAGAUCACAAUACAAACUUAGAUGCAUAAUUGCUCUAUUGCUCAUAUGGGAGUUCUAAUUUGGGUGUAGAGUACCUGAGUCUGACAGAAUUGCUUAAGGUUACACAUAUUGGUCAAACACUGCCAGCGAGAAGGGAAUGCAAAGUAAGACUGCAUACACACCAUGCACAUAUAAUACACAUUAAUUUAAUGUGUACACAUUUAAUACACAUUACCUUCAAAAUCCUGGGGACUAGUUUAUUAAGGGUAUUGCAGCUCUGUGAACCACAGUUCUCUGACUUAUUUGGGGGGGGGGGGGGAUAAAGUGCUUUAAAUCUAUUGUGUGUACACAGCCGAGUAAAUAAGAGUUUUCAUACCACUGGAGGAAAUUAAGAGGCUGAAAAACUGCUCCUUCACAGGAACCAGUGACAAAAGUUGUGUAGUGCCAGCGUUUCACUAUACGUUGUAUGAUGGAACAUACAUUUGCCACAUAUGACUUGUGAGUCCCUUAGCUAACAGGGACACUGGAAAUGUCAGAUGUCUUUAUGCUGUGAAUCAACUUGUUAUUUAUACUAGAGAUGACCAAAAUGUUUUGUUGUAGCAUGAGGUAGUCUGGGUGUCAUCUUUCGAUCUCCUCCAAACCUGUGGUUUUAUAUCUGCAAGAUGAGAGGGGGCCUACUAAAGUGGUCAAAAUAGUCUCUUCGUUAAGUUAAUGGCCCUAGCGAAGACUGUUAAGUACCACUGUGCAGAACUAGAGUCCAUAUGACUCAUCGCCACAGAAACUACUAGUUAGUGAUGCUUCUAAAAGGAGACAGACCACUUCUCCUUCCCUAGUUGGAGGUUAUGCCAUCAGAGUGUGAGGUGGACAACAGACGAGGAACUAGUCUUGUCUGGAGCGGAGAUCACAGAGCCAGACAUCCUCUUUGAGUCCACAGCUAUGGCCCUUAACUUGGGAGGGAGGUGUAGGUACUGUGUACCCCCAAGUACCCCCAGAAAAAAAGCACCGAGUAAGCCCCAUUGAAUUCAAUGGAACCCACUCCCAAGUAAUAAUACAGAUAUAAUACAGAUAACUCGCAACUUAUAUAUGCAUUUAACACGUGUGCAUUCAGCUUACGUGCUUGGCAAGAAAGGGGGUGGGGAAUUAAAGAGGGCAGAAAGGAGACAGAAACAGGGCAGGUGUCUGGGGAAGAAAAUCCCACUUGCCAUUGACCCCAAUUUGUUUUGACUAUACACAAUUUCGGCUUUACACACUAUCCCCAGAAUGUCACCCCCGCAUAAGUUGAGAGUCACCUGUAUUGCCGCCUUAAUGCUCUAUUUCUGCACAAUGUUUGGGGGUAUUUCAUAACAGUAGUCCUGGAGAGCAGAUGUACAGAGUGUUGCCAAAGCACAACUGCUAGAGGUUUUGUUAAAGAAUGGGGAAGCAUGCUGUGCUAACUACCCUAAUAAUUACUAAAAUUAAAGCAGAUUUACUAGAAGGAAAACGAAAUUAACAUUGUCAGGACACAAAGGGUAACCAAUAAAAGUAAUAAAAAGGGAGAAUGUAGCCUUCUUUCUUUCUUUUCUUUAAAUGUGGUAUUUCAAGUGUUUGUAUUAUACACAGUAAAGCAAGGUUUUUUAAGCCUUUCAAGCCUUAGCAAUUAGCAUAUUAGGGAAAUGAUGGUGUUACAACGAAGCAGGGAGUUAAAACUGAAAGCCAUACCAUAUUAUAUUUUACAGUUCAUUAUUGUAUUGUGCUGUUCAUUAGACACAGAGAAGGAUUUCUAUAUUUCAUUCAGGUACCAAACUGCAUCAGUACAUAAAGAAACUACCCCUGUAUUGAUUUAAAAAUAAAUAAAUCUGGAGCAAAUUUAAUGCAAACCCAGAGAACCAACGUAUUUGCAGAUAGUGAAGCAUUUUCCUCCACUCCUUAGCUGCAGCAAACUCACAGGAAAUACCGGUACCUCCUGGGUUGUUACAAACAGCACAACCCUGCUGCACCUACAGUGGUACCUCGGGUUACAAACGCUUCAGGUUACAGACUCCACUAACCUGGAAGUAGUACCUCAGGUUAAGAACUUUACUUCAGGAUGAGAACAGCGGCAGCAGGAGGCCCCAUUAGCUAAAGUGGUACCUUGAGCUUAGGGUGGCGCUGUGGUCUAAACCACAGAGACUAGGGCUUGCCAAUCAGAAGGUUGGCGGUUCGAAUCCCUGCGACGGGGUGAGCUCCUGUUGCUUGGUCCCUGCUCCUGCCCACCUAGCAGUUCGAAAGCACAUCAAAGUGCAAGUAGAUAAAUAGGUACCACUCUGGCGGAAAGGUAAACGGCGUUUCCGUGCGCUGCUCUGGUUUGCCAGAAACAGCUUAGUUAUGCUGGCCACAUGACCCGGAAGCUGUACGCCGGCUCCCUCAGCCAAUAAAGCGAGAUGAGCGUCGCAACCCCAGAGUCGUCCACGACUGGACCUAAUGGUCAGGGGUCCCUUUACCUUUACCUCAGGUUAAGAACAGUUUCAGGUUAAGAACGGACCUCCGGAACGAGUUAAAUUCCUAACCAGAGGUACCACUGUAUUAGGGUCCACUGAGAAUGCACUGCUUAGAACCCCACCCCCACCCCCAAUCUAUGCUCAAGAUAUAUUCUAGGAAAUCAGAUCAGUUGGGAUCUUCUUGUGGUGAGGGCAGCGCUGUAGCUUCAGAGGGCUAGCUAGGUUUUCUGCCCUGGGUGAAGCCUCCAGAGGGGCACCAUUGAAGCUCCCAGCCUGUGUGUGUUCGCGCCCUAGUUGUGGGGGAGCAGUAUUUGAGGAGCAGAAUAUAUUGGACUGAGAUUUGAGGGUCCUAAUAAACCCCAAGUCUAGGCACAUGUUUGUAAUAUAGUUUUGAAGAAGAACAAAUCAUAACUGUUUCUUGCUAUUCCACACUUCCUUGGAUAAAUUCUCCUCCACUCAGGGCCAUAGAUAGAGAGAAGCCUGCAGGUAUUUGUGGGAGCAGGCUCGAGUCACAACUUUGAACUGGCCUCCUCAAAAUUAUGCUUGAUCCCUGUUAUCUCAUAAAAUUUAAGUUUCAUGACUUAAUUUUAUGAGCUACAUUCUUAUAAGUCUUCCAUAUUUGUGGUUUAUAGCUAGAGUUAACAGAUCUCGGGGUCUGAACCAAACUUUCAGAAAUUGAACUUCUUUCUCAGGAGCCAUACCCACACCAUACGUUUAAAGCACAUCUUUAACCAUUUAACAGUCCUGGCUUCCCCGAAAGAAUCCUGGCAACAGGUUACUUUAACCCCCUCAGAGUUCACAGCACCCUUAACAAACUACAGUUCCCAUGAUUCUUUGAGGGAGACCAUGUGCUUUAAAGGGGUUUGAUUGCAAGGUGAGCAUUCAGAAGGAAGAGGGUAAGCUGUUUUCUACAGGUCCCAUUCCUAGCUUUCUUUCUCAGUUCCUUUUUCCAGCAUGUCCUUUCACCGAUAUGGGGCUAGCAUGGUUCUUCCUAUCCCUCCCAAAAUGCUUUCUAUCUUAUGUAACCAAGAUCAAAAAGAGAGAGAAAUCUAAUUACAUGAGAAUAUAGAAAUCACACACCUGGGAGAAGCAUGCUAUCCUCUUAUGGCUUCAACAACUAUAUGCACACCCAUUUGGGAAUUAGUCUGACUGAACAGGGUGGGCCAUUUCCUCUUGGCAAGUUAACCAAGAGCAUUUUGGGAUGCAUGUAUGAAAAAGUGACAACUGUGCUUUUCUCAUUAUGUGAGAGAAUUAGGUUUUGCUCAGGACCGUGAUCUUACAUCUUUGCCAGCAUUUUGUCUCCCAUGGCAACCUUCAUGUCCAAAAUAGUAUGGUUUAUAGGUCCCCAAUCCAGCCUCAUAAUUCUCUCCUCAUUAUUAGAUGUGCUGUUAUAUUAGUCCAUAACCAUCAGAUGAUGAAGAAAAAAUUGUUCUUUCCUGUCUUCCCUUCUCUUCAUUCCCCCCUAUGAGCUGUUGAAUUCUCAGCUCUACCUAGGAAGCUCCCUCAAUCCAGGAUGUCUAAUGCAAAAUAUUAUCAAAAUGUUACUUCAGUGGGAGUCUUAUUUUCAUGUAUUAAUAGCUCUUUGGCAAUUUGUCUCCAGGAACUGUUCUUUGAACAAAAUCUAGCCACCCUCCUCUUUCAUUAUUGAAGAAGAGAGCUAAACUAGAGCAAGGCGCUUUCUUUUGGGAAGCUGUGUUCCUCCAGAAUGUGCUGAAUUUCCAUCAGCCCCAGCAAACAUCAGUAUCAUUAAUAUAUGGUUACCAGACGUCCCCGUUUCCUGGGGACAGUCCCCGGAUGUACAAAUCUGUCCCUGGACAAAAUACGUCCCCAGAAUGUCCCUGGAUUUCAUUUAAUGUCCCUGGAUUUAUAUUUUAAGUGUUGUAGAUUUGUUAGUAGGGAAUGAAUGUUGCGUGAUUGGUUCAACGGCACACGACACAUCAUAUGGGGACUUCUGGCGAGGCAAAAUGGUGGAUGCCAUGGCAGCGAGCAGCUCCUGAAGCCAGCCAGAGCCAACUGCGCUACCAGGCUGGCUGUGGGCUGCUGAGACUGCUGCUGCCGCCGCCACUGCUGAGGGGGAACUGGGGACACCUGCCGCAUCAACUGGGGGAACCGCUGCCCGCCCCCCCCGGGACUCAAAUCAUGCUGGGAGCGAGAGCCCAGCGACGCUCUAGGGCCGACGCAGGGAGAAGGAGGAGAGGAGGAGAAGGAAAAGAGAGAAAGAGGAAGGGGAAAAAAGAGGGGAACUCCGACCUUGCUGCGCCACUGAGAAUGAGAAGUAGGAGAGCACCAGGAGGGCAAGGACACGUGGCCGAACCCAGGCCUGACCUGAGCCUACUCCACGGCGGCUAAUGCUCCAAGAGCCCAGAGGAAGACUGCACGACAGAGGAGACCACAAAAGAGAAGAUAUUGCUUCUUAAUUUUUUAAAAAAUAACUUUUUAAAAAAAUCCUCUUUUUUUGUUAAAAAAGUGUCCCCGGAUUCUUUGAAAAAAAAUCCGGUAACCUUACAUUAAUACAGUAACAACAACAAUUAAAUAUAUGUCCUAACCUUCCUCCCAAAGAUGUGUGGGACAGCAAACACCGAAGUGAUAAAAAUAUUCAAAAUAAGAUCUCAUUUAAUUAACAAAAACAAAAACAUCUAAAGGCAUUUUUAAACAUUAAGAAACCUAAAAACAUGGUACAAUUAAUGCUCAGUGAUUAUUGGAGUUGCCGGACAGAUUCUCCACCCCAGCCCAAUACAAGGAUUUGGACUUGUGAGUAUAGAAGCACUCAGCCUUUACUUGUGAUUAUAGCAAAGAGCUUGUGCAUUGCUUCCCAUAGGCUGCAGAAUGAAAACACUUCCAUUAGCUGAGUUUUCGCCCACAACAAUUUAUAUUGGACACUGGAUGUCAGAGCAAAGUUGCAGUUAUCAGUUAAUGCCCAGUCAAGGUUUCUGCACCAAUGUUUCCUUGCCGGAAUCUGCAAUGGAUUUGGAAACUAAAUAAUGUUUUUAAGUAGGCGUAGAUGUAUGAAUUAGUGAAUGGUUUACAAAAAUGCAUGGGUUUUGAUGGAUGGAGACUGCAGAAUUUAUCCAUUAGAAUCCAGAUUUAUAUACUGGGUCUCAACAUUCUCAUGAAUUCUUUACAUUCGCACUAUGAAUAUUCUGCAUAUUUGUUCAAAUAUUGCUAUAGUAAUGCAUUAUUCAGGAUCUUGUCACUGACAAAGGACAUAAAUGAAACCAGCUCCUGGUGCAAAUUGUUCAAUCCUCAAAAUCUGGAGUGGAAAAACACUGGGUUUUUGUUGUUGUUCAACUAGAAAUUGAAAAUCCUAAAUUUGCAAAAAAUUAAUAAUAAUUAUAUAUUGCAAAUUUAUAAUCCAUCUUCUCAAAAUAUUUACUGCCUUAAGGCUGUAACAGUAAAACUUGAUUGUCAGACAAUUUGAAGAUUUGUUCACAUAAGAAAAUUACAUGUUUCUCCUUCUCCCUUCCAGGAACAUCAUAUUGA